UUAUUGUUACAAAUGGCGGCGCUGGUACAUACCCUGUUGGUUUGAAUGAGAGAUCGGCAAAUCCUUUAGCAUAUUUGAACGGGACCAGUUAGAGACGACAAGUACUUACAACAUGGUCGUUUCGAUCGUAUUAACGGAAAAUGCAAGAAACAAGCUCGGGGUUGUGACAGCAAUUCUUUGUGCAGUCUUAGCCCUUGCCGGUCUGUGUGUGAUUUGUGUUGGGAUAUUUAUCCAAGUUCACAUUUCUGAUGAGCUUAUUCUGCUCGAGAGUUAUAAUUCCGGAGUCAUUCCUCAUUUCUUAGUAAGUGCUGGAACACUCAUGUUUCUGAUAAACGGUGCUACUGUUAAAUUUGCAUACGACUCCGGAUUCGCCAACACAUGCGAGAAAUUUCGGUUAGUUCUUAUUCCAGUUUUGAUUGUUAUGUUUUUGUUCAUUUGGGUCGUACUGGCUGCAGGUAUUGGCACACUUGCAAUGAGAGGUACUAUUGAGGAUGCCCUGCACACCGGCCUUCGCGACUCUAUGAAGCGUUAUAAAAGUAGUCUGCCAGUGAAAGUCGCAAUCGACCGUUUACAGAUGAGAUCCAGAUGCUGCGGAAGUCGCUCGUUCGAGGACUGGUUUGAAGUUGGCUGGAUAAAUACAGACUAUGUUGACAAGAAAGAUGCAACUGUGAGAAGCAAAAUGAAGGACGAUGAUAUUUUUACCGAUGACGUUCCGUUCAGUUGCUGUGACGUCAGGGUACAUCGUCCUUGCGUCACCAACAACGUUGAAAACAGAUCGAUGCACAAGAACUAUGAAACUGUGACGUUGUAUGGUAACGGCUGUACUGAAGUUCUUAUGGACGAAUUUGAGAAUAAAAUUCUGCACCCAGCAGGAUCUGCUAUCAUGGUUCUGUUCGGCGCACAGGCAUUUGUGAUGAUUUUAUUGAGGUAUCUACAGACCUCUGUGCAGAGUGCCUUCGAAGAAGGUGACCCCGAGGGACCCGGGCGGGGCUUCUUGUUCCCUACUAUGUGCAAAUCGUGCACUGGUGGAAAUGCAGCAAAAUACAAAGAAAAAGCGUUGAAAAACAUCCGCGGCGAAAGCACAGAUCAGGACACGACAGCAGACGACUCUACGCUAGCAGACGGGAUUGAUAAGCUCCAAGAUCUCAUGGAUUCAGGAGGUGGUGGUGAUGACGACGGAGGCGACGGUGGUGGCGGCGGUGGUGGCGGUGGUAAAAGUAAGAAAAAUAGUAAGAAUAAGAAGAAAAAAGACAAACCGAAAUCCAAGAAGUCAGCGAAAACAAAAUCAAAAUCAAGGAAAAAAAUGAAGUCGCCGAAAAAGAUGAAAUCGCCGAAAAAGGGAAAAUCAGGGAAAAAGCGCGGCGGUGGUGGAAAAAAGAAACAAAUACAAAGCAUCCUUGAGUUUGACCAAGAACUGAUACCAGACGAUAUUACGUUACUGCAGAAACCAGAAAACCUCCCAGAUAUAGCGGACGUGGAGUUAGAAAGUUGCAGUUUUAGCAGUUUACCGCUAUUUGAGUCAGGUGCUGAUUAUCGCAGCAAUAUGUCAGGUAUAAAACCAGGAAAUGACGAGGAUAUAAAGUAUAAUACGAGAACGAAUGAAAAUGAUGACAAUAAUAAGUCAUAUUCGAAGAUAAAGGACACUGGUAACAAUAAAAAUUCAAAGUCCAAUAAAAAGGAUGACAAUAAAAAGGAUGACAAUAAAAAGGAUAAUUUAAAGCCCAAGAAAAAGGAUGACAGUAGAAGAAACAAUUCAUGGCCCAACAGAAGUAAAAAGGACAGUUCAAAGUUCAACAAAAAGGACGACAGUAAAAGGAAAAAAUCAAAGUCCACGAAGGGGUAUAAAAAAGAACAAUUGCCCAAAACGUCAAAAUCACCAAAAAUGGUAAAGUCGGCAAAGUCACCGAAGAGAUCAAAAGUUCUAGACGAGUCCAAAGUCUCGAAACUGUCGAAGUCCCCAAAAAGGUCAAAAUCACCUAAGAGGUCGACAACACCUAAAAAGUUAAAACCAUCUAAGAGAUCAAAGUCGCCAAAAAGGUCAAAAUCACCUAAGAGGUCAACAGCACCUAAAAGGUUAAAAUCACCAAGGAAAUCAAAGUCGCCAAAAAGGUCAAAAUCAAGUAAGAGGUCAACGAAACCUAAAAAGUUAAUUUCACCUAAGAGAUCAAAGUCGCCAAAAACGUCAAAAUCUUCUAAAAGGUCAAAAUCAUCUAAAAGGUAAAAAUACACUUAAAAUGUCA